AUGGGUCUCGCCAUCAAGCGCAACUUGCUCGCUUUCCCCCCAGGCGACAACUCUUCCGACACGCUUGUGAAUGGCGUACAUUUCGACCUCACCACCCUCCAGCAUUGGAACUACACAUACUAUUCGAAUCAGACCUUCUCGAACGGCUCCCUCUGCUGUCUGGUCUUCGAACCCUAUACUCCGCACCUUCUUCACAAUGGAACCUUUCUCAACAGCACAACUUGCUAUUCCGCGGUCAGACCCAUGGAGGCCCGUGCUAAAACCGGACUGCUAUUCGCAUGCCUAUUUGCGCUGAGUAUUGUGUUCACGUUGAACAACCUGCGCAAACAUGGAAGACUGUUCUUGCCAAUGGAGAAGCGUUUCCGUGCGGUUGGGAGGAGGUGGCAGUGGUAUUGGAUGCUUUUCGUUGCCGGAUGCGCGUUGGUCAGCUGUAUUGCCAAUGUGGAUGUGGAUCGAUACUAUCUGCCAGAAUUGCCAAUAGUGCUAUCCAGCCUUUUCUGGUUCCUGAUGUUACCGACGACGAUGUGUAUGGUCUGGGAAAGUGUGAGGCAUUGGGGAAGUUGGCAGGAGAGGCAGAUGGUGGAUCCGAAUCCGUUUUUGCUGAGGCAGGAUGAUCGGCGGAGUACGACGGAUUUCUGGCUGCCGUUGUUAUUCUACUGUUGUGUUUGGAUGAACUUCUUCAUGGCUGUCCCAAGGUCCUGGACUCCUAUCGAGUUCCAACGGGAUCCCGAGCAGCAACAUUCCGAAGCCGAACCGCUCGCAACGGAUACCCGGUUCAAGCUUGCAGCUUUCCUCCUUCUCGGAAGCUGGCUGACAACAGUAUUCUCACUAUGGCACUCGAUCAAUCACUACAAACCUCGGAAGCAAGGAAUUGUCAACCGAGGGCUGAGUAUCUUCAGAUACACACCUUUUAAAUUCCUCCUCACACUUCCACUUUCUCUCGUCAUGAUCGGCUACGAAAUCGUGUGUGCAUUCGACUUCGCCAUCUCCCCACUGAAAGUCGGCUCUCAUACAGCCUACAUGUAUGGCCUAGGCUGGGCUCCAAUAGCAGCUACCAUCCUCGUGUACGAGGUAGCAGGAUACCUCGACCCAAACGAAGACCGAGAGCUCAUCCGCCAACGCCGAAUCCGCGCCGCUCAGAUCGACGCCGAGGUUGGCAUCACGAAGAAGCCGCGUUGGUGGUCAAGACUCCACGGCGACAACAGAGCGGUGAACGUCCAGGAUGCGGUUGCCCGGAACGUGGCUGAGAUUGGGGGAGGGCGAGCUACGAUGGCGAACGUGCAGAUCAAUCUCGAAUUGGGAAAUAUGCCAGUCUCCCAGAGACAGGGUAGCAGUAAGGCCUCGGGGGAUAGUGAGGCUGUAAGGGCUGCGGCAAAUCUGCCGUUUCUUUUCCGUUCUGGCAUGGUGGAGACGCAGGACCGGUUCACGGAUCAGCCGGACCUUACCAGAGAGAGGAGUUCUGGGGAAGUGAGUAAUGCUACGGUCACGGCAAAUGAUGGGGGCGGCCGUGCUGGAACUGGCGUCUCAUCGACUGCGACUGCCCCUUCGCAGCAGAUUCGAAGUAUGCUGGAUGUGGCGGAUGAUAUGGAAGCCUCCUCCUCUAGUGAGGUCUUGACCAGCUACAUCAUUGCUCUAAAUGCGUCCGGCGAUGUAACGAUAAAGAAGCUGCUCCUGAGAUACACUCCGUAUAAACACGGACGCCUCUAA